AUGGGACUGACUCACCGACAUGGACUAUAGAGCUGAGGGCUGUUAGCACCUCUACCCGGGCCUCGUGUUGGCUGAGCACUAAGCAAUGUGGAGGAAAUAAAAAUCCUGAUACGCUGAAAACCAGAGAUUAUAGAUAAUGGGCUGUGUGCAAUGCAAGGAUAAGGAGGCAACCAAACUGACAGACGACCGAGACACCAGCAUCUCCCAGGGAGCGGGCUACCGCUAUGGGGCGGACCCCACGCCACAGCACUACCCCAGCUUCGGGGUCACCGCCAUCCCUAACUACAACAACUUCCACGCCCCCGUCAGUCAGGGGAUGACCGUCUUCGGGGGGGUCAGCACUUCCUCUCACACUGGAACCUUGAGGACUCGUGGUGGGACAGGAGUCACCCUCUUUGUGGCACUUUAUGACUAUGAGGCGCGGACAGAAGACGACCUCAGCUUCAGGAAAGGAGAAAGGUUCCAGAUUAUCAACAGCACUGAAGGAGACUGGUGGGAUGCUCGCUCGCUCACCACUGGUGGCAGUGGAUACAUUCCCAGUAACUACGUGGCUCCAGUAGACUCCAUCCAGGCUGAGGACUGGUACUUUGGUAAACUGGGCCGUAAGGAUGCAGAGAGGCAGCUGCUGUCCACCGGGAACCCCCGAGGAACCUACCUGAUCCGGGAGAGUGAGACUACAAAGGGUGCCUUCUCCUUGUCCAUACGGGACUGGGACGAUGUGAAGGGCGACCACGUGAAGCAUUAUAAGAUCCGCAAGCUGGACAGUGGAGGCUACUACAUCACCACCAGGGCUCAGUUUGACACGCUGCAGCAGCUGGUGCAGCACUACUCAGACCGGGCGGCCGGGCUCUGCUGCCGCUUGGUGGUCCCCUGCCACAAAGGGAUGCCGCGCCUCGCCGACCUGUCCGUUAAAACCAAAGACGUGUGGGAGAUCCCGCGGGAGUCGCUGCAGCUGAUAAAGCGUCUGGGGAACGGGCAGUUUGGGGAGGUCUGGAUGGAGAGUGCGGAUGGUUUGUGCUUUAAUUUAACGGGCGUGUGUGUGAACUACAUCCCUGACACUGUGGGCUUGAGUCAUGAUGCCUGGGAGAUCAGCAGAUCAGCACUUGAGCUGGAAGUAAAGCUGGGGACGGGAUGUUUUGCUGAUGUGUUCUACGGAACGUGGAACGGCACCACUAAGGUGGCGGUGAAGACCCUGAAGCCCGGCACCAUGUCCCCCGAGUCCUUCCUGGAGGAGGCUCAGAUCAUGAAGAAGCUCCGCCACGACAAGCUGGUGCAGCUCUACGCCGUGGUGUCAGAGGAGCCCAUCUACAUCGUCACAGAGUACAUGGGCAAAGGAAGCCUGCUGGACUUCUUGAAGGACGGAGAAGGACGAGGGCUGAAGCUGCCGAACCUGGUGGACAUGGCAGCUCAGGUGGCAGCAGGCAUGGCGUACAUCGAGAGGAUGAACUACAUCCACAGAGACCUUCGCUCUGCUAACAUCCUGGUGGGAGACAACCUGGUGUGUAAGAUCGCUGACUUCGGCCUGGCCCGGCUCAUCGAGGACAACGAGUACACCGCCCGCCAAGGUGCAAAGUUCCCCAUCAAGUGGACCGCCCCCGAGGCCGCGCUGUACGGGAAGUUCACCAUCAAGUCAGACGUUUGGUCGUUCGGCAUCCUGCUGACGGAGCUGGUCACCAAGGGCCGGGUGCCUUACCCAGGUAUGAACAACCGUGAGGUUCUGGAGCAGGUGGACCGGGGCUACAGGAUGCCGUGCCCCCAGGACUGCCCCAUCUCGCUGCACGAGCUGAUGCUGCAGUGCUGGAAGAAGGACGCAGAGGAGCGGCCGACCUUCGAGUACCUGCAAGCCUUCCUGGAGGACUACUUCACAGCCACGGAGCCUCAGUACCAGCCCGGGGACAACCUCUAGACCUCUAGACCUCUAGACCUCUAGACCUCUAGCCUCGGGGGGUGCUCGGGGCUGGGGACAGACUGUUACUAGACUCUGGAGCCUUCCCAGCCUGGACUUUAUUUUAGGAAUCUGUACAGCUUCCUCAGCCUGACCCGAGCAUUCCAGAUCCAAAAACAGGACCCUGAGUCUCCGCCGCGCCCCCUACUGUCUGAACUCUGCAAACGCCAUAAAUGUGGAAGUGGAGGAAGUGGAGGACGGACUGACGGAGGAGUUUACUGGGGUUGUGAUGAUGAUGCAAUGUAUUCAGUGUAAAUAAGAAAAGGCUUGUUUUAGUUUAUUUGUUUGCUUUAAGAUUUUAUUUUCUCCUGCACAAAAUAAUAAUGAUACAAAUGAUGAAAGUAAAGGAAGAGAACCGUUCCAGAUAUUAUACUGUAGCUUCUCUAUUGUCCUCUAGACAUUGAAUUGGAAGCCUCCAUAUAUUUUUUUCUAAUUUUACAUAAUGUGUGAAAAAAAAAAAAAAAAAAAAAUCAGCCCCAGAUAAUUGCUUUAUUAUUGAUUUUUCAGUUAAUAAUCCAGAGGCUUCUUCA